GCGCAUGGAAAAGAGGAGCGGCUCCUUUAAGAGCAGGGCGCAGGCAACCUAUCUCAGUGUCCGUCCACAAGUCCAGCCAAUAAGGAGGAACGUAACAUAGUUUGGGCCAGAAGGGGUGUCUCACCUGCAGAAAAUCACUUCAAGAGGAACAGGCCAUUUUCCGCUUUCUACAAUUAAUACACACGUAUCAGACAGUUAACUAUUCACUUUAGUUGAUCAUGAUGUGCUGAAGUCGCGUUUGCCAUAGCCAUGCGAUUUUCUUCUGUGUCGGUAUCUGAGUAGUUUUGGCUCAAGGCAACUUAUCAACUCGUCACAAGGAAUUAACGGUUAGUAAGGAUACACUUUUUUUUCACUGUGAUCUUUUCCCAGGGUUCGAAAAUGGUUCAGACGAAAUGCAAGAAGUUCGUGGAUAAUUUAAACUGAAAGUCUUGUCCAGGGUGUUUGACAGAUGCGAUGGAUUCGCUGUGAUCUUUAUUUAGGCUACAGGCCAGUCAGUUUCUUUUAUCGAAUGGCUGCAGCGCACAUUUUUAGGGUUGCGAACAUUUCGAGGGAACACAUUUGCUAAAAUACGUUGGGAAUUACGCCCCGAAGUGGAGGAAUACAUACAAACCGCGACGCUCGAUCGUCGAGGUUUUUCUGCCCGUACAGACCUAAACCGCGAAGAUGGAGCACACGGGCAUCGAAGAGGUGAACCAAACGCACCAACAGCAUGAACCCAUCAGCUUUGGCAUCGACCAGAUCCUCAACAACACGGAGCAGCCGAGUAGCUGCAUGGUACCAAGCCGCGCAGGAGACUCGGACUACCAGCUCGCGCCUAACGUGUACACCAACGGGUAUGGCGGCGUGUACAGCCCGGCAUGCUCCAUGGCACCUGGCCUGGGAGGCUCAUACAAUGUAAACAUGAACAUGAACGUAAGCAUGAACAUGAACGUGAAUGUCAGUUCUGGAAACGCAGGGGGCGUGAUCCGUGUACCAGCUCACAGGCCCAUGCCCGCUGCACCUCAUCCGCCUCCCUCUGCGCAUCCGCCGGGUAUCGCGGCCGGCUUGCCCACAGUGCCCACCGUGCCCACCAUGGGAAACCCGUCCUCCUUCACCUUCCCCUGGAUGGAGAGCAGUAGGAGAUUCGCGAAGGAUAGACUAACUGCUGCUCUGUCUCCGUUCUCGGUAACGCGGCGGAUCGGUCACCCGUACCAGAACCGCACGCCGCCCAAGCGGAAAAAGCCGCGCACGUCGUUUAGUCGCGUGCAGAUCUGCGAGCUGGAGAAGCGCUUUCACCGCCAGAAGUAUUUGGCCUCCGCUGAGCGCGCGACACUCGCUAAAGCGCUAAAAAUGACGGACGCGCAAGUUAAAACCUGGUUCCAGAACCGCAGAACCAAAUGGAGGAGACAAACAGCUGAGGAAAGAGAGGCCGAGAGGCAGCAGGCGAACCGUUUAAUGCUUCAGCUCCAGCAGGAGGCUUUCCAGAAGACGCUGAGCCAACCGCUCCAGCCCGACCCUCUUUGCCUCCAUAACUCAUCUCUGUACGCUCUGCAGAACCUUCAGCCGUGGGCCGAGGACAACAAGGUGACCUCCGUCACCUCUGUCGCAUCCGUGGUCUGACCCACACCCCCCUAAUUUGAAUUGGCUAAUGAGAAAGGAAAGGAUUUUAUAGCCAGGGUUUAAUAGGAUUAUGGGACGCAAUAUAGGGGAACAUUUGGGUGGAUCUCAAACACAUUUGGACUGAUUUCAGGAGCCUAAGUUCUAAGCCAUAAGUUAAGCAUAUUUAUUUUGCAAAGCUCUAACAGAGAUCUCGCUUCAUUCUGUCCUGUUUAUUGUGUUCUCUUCCAGUCAUAUAUGGAAAGAAUUGAAUCAUUUAAAUGCUUUAUUUUAUAUGAUGGUGUGGAAUCAGCUUCCUCUUUGUAAUGAGAUAAUACUGACUUGGAAGAAUUGUGGGGGAGGUCAGUGACAAAUGAGUGUGUUGCAUUUCUUCAUUCCCAAAUGGACUGUAAUGGAGGUUGAAACCCAACACACUCCUUUUUUUCUGAUAAAUAUUGUUACUCCCACCUGAAUCUGGUCAUUAGUUCAUCGCUUACACUCCGUUUUUACUCCUU